UUAAAAGCGUCAGGAUUUGAGGAUAACGAGGCGGAAGUUGUCCGUACGCACCUGCCGUAUGUCGUCAUCAUAAUGAGACGCACAAGCUAGCGUCGAACAAUAAUAACAGUUUACAGGUCUCAAAUCUACCGGUCAAUAUGGUCAACGUGCACAAAGGCGUCCUUGUCGAAUGCGACCCUGCCAUGAAACAGUUCCUCCUGUACCUGGAUGAGACCAUGGCCCUUGGGAAGAAGUUUAUCCUGAAGGACCUGGAUGACACGCAUGUGUUUAUCCUGGUUGAGGUGGUCCAGACCCUGCAGGAGAGAGUUGGAAAGCUCAUAGACCAGAAUUCCUUCACCAUCACACAGAAAUGAGACACAACUGGGGGGGAAACACGUCGGGAGAAAUCAUGACAUUCUGCUUUGGUUUGAUUUUGUGCACAUCACUUUUGAAUCAUUAAACCGAUGCAAGGAAAUGACUGUUUUUGGAUAUAAUAAACCACGUUGAGUAUG